GCUUCGUAAUCGUAUCUCAAAAUUAUUUAAUUCCCCUUCACUCUCUCUCUGUACACUACAUUUUCCGACCGGCCCACCGGGAAAUCUCAGCUCCGAUGGGGGAUUCCGCCGGAGAUCUUCAGAAUGACCUCAAAUUUCACGGUCCGAUCGACGGAAACGUCCUCGCCGCCAUGGCGCUCGCCCGCUGCGGCGUCGACCGGAUGUUCGGCGUCGUCGGCAUCCCCGUUACCUCUCUGGCCACUCGCGCCGUCUCGCUCGGGAUCCGAUUCAUCGCUUUCCACAACGAACAGUCGGCUGGCUAUGCCGCUUCUGCUUAUGGCUAUCUAACGGGUCGCCCUGGUGUGCUUCUCACUGUCUCUGGCCCCGGAUGUGUCCAUGGCCUCGCGGGGGUUUCCAACGCCAUGGCUAAUGCUUGGCCCAUGGUCAUGAUCUCUGGCUCCUGUGAUCAGAGAGAUUUCGGCCGUGGUGAUUUUCAGGAGCUUGAUCAAAUCGAAGCUGUGAAACCCUUUUCGAAAUUCUCCGUCAAGGCCAAGGACAUCUCCGAGAUUCCGAAUUGCGUCGCCCAGGUUCUUAGUUCCGCCGCUUCAGGCCGGCCCGGCGGGUGCUACUUUGAUCUUCCGUCGGAUGUUCUGCACCAGACAGUUUCCGAGUCUGAAGCCGAGAGAUUAUUGACCGAAGCGGAGAAAUCUGCUCGCCGCGAGGAGAUUCACAGAGUUCCUAAUUCGCAGAUUCAGGAAGCAAUUUCGUUGCUGAAAAACGCGGAGAGGCCAUUGAUCGUGUUCGGUAAAGGAGCGGCGAUUGCGCGGGCUGAGGGGCCGCUGAAGAAGCUCGUGGAGAGCACUGGAAUCCCAUUUCUCCCGACUCCAAUGGGGAAAGGCUUGCUGUCCGAUACGCACGAGCUCGCGGCCACUGCCGCGAGGUCCUUAGCCAUUGGAAAGUGCGAUGUUGCGCUUGUGGUUGGGGCGAGGCUUAAUUGGCUGUUGCACUUUGGGGAGCCGCCUAAAUGGUCCAAGGACGUGAAGUUCAUUUUGGUUGAUAUUUCCGAGGAAGAGGUUGAGUUAAGAAAGCCCCGUUUGGGUUUGAUCGGAGAUGCCAAACAGGUCUUGGAAUCCAUAAACAAGGAGAUUAAGGAUGACCCAUUUUCUCUUGGGAAGUCUCACCCAUGGGUGGAAGCCAUUUCGCAGAAGGCAAAAGAAAAUGUGUCGAAAAUGGAAGUUCAGUUGGCGAGGGAUGUUGUGCCAUUCAAUUUCUUGACGCCAAUGAGAAUCAUUAGAGAUGCCAUUUCGGCUCAGGGUAGCCCUGCUCCCAUAUUGGUUUCUGAAGGGGCCAAUACAAUGGAUGUUGGUCGCUCAGUUUUGGUUCAGACUGAGCCAAGGACCAGGUUGGAUGCAGGAACGUGGGGGACAAUGGGGGUUGGCUUGGGCUAUUGCAUUGCUGCUGCAGUUGCUUCGCCCGAUCGAUUGGUAGUUGCCGUGGAAGGCGAUUCUGGAUUCGGGUUUAGCGCCAUGGAAGUUGAGACGCUGGUUCGAUACCAGUUGCCAGUAGUUGUGAUAGUUUUCAACAAUGGCGGUGUAUAUGGCGGUGACCGGAGAACGCCACAAGAAAUCACCGGACCCUAUAAGCAUGACCCUGCGCCCACCUCAUUCGUCCCAUCAGCAAAUUACCACAAAAUGAUCGAGGCUUUCGGAGGAAAAGGAUACUAUGUCGAAACACCCGAAGAACUAAAAUCCGCACUAGCUGAGUCCUUUUCUGCUCGAAAACCAGCAGUCGUAAACGUCAAGAUCGAUCCUUUUGCCGGUGCGGAAAGUGGGAGGCUGCAACAUAAGAACUGAAGAUAAGUCUUUGAACUCCUUUGUUGUUUGUUCUUCACCUGAGAGACUCAUUUCUGCCAAUCAAUUAGGUUUGCAGCAGAGUUUCAAGCAAAGCUUAGGAUUUUUUUUUUUCCACAAUAUUAUGUGAAAUUAUGAACUUGAAUAAAGUUAUAUGUAACUUGUAAAGCCAGCAGUUGGAGAUGUAUAAUUUGAUGAAUGAUAAAAUAGACCUGUCUCUGUUGACAUAAGUUUCUAAUAGGAGGUACGGGUUAUUAAUUUUUGGGUUAAA